UCUGCCAAGCUUUAGGAAAGGCGUUGGUCUUAGCGAUAUUUUAAUUAAAGUUGCUUGUAAUUUAUUUCGAACAAAAUAUUUAUUUAAUUUCAGUGUGAUACUGAAAUUGCUGCAAUGGCUUCUAGUUUCGAUCCUUUUGAUAAACAUAGUUGGUACUUUGGUCCUUUGACAAGACAAGAAGCAACUGAUAUUUUGUUAAGUGAAUCAGAAACUGGAGUUUUCCUUGUUAGGAAUAGUGCUACUAUUCAUGGAGAUUUAGUCCUUUGUGUCAGAGAAGACAGUAAAGUUAGUCAUUAUAUAAUUAAUAGAGUUCAACAGGACGACCAAACAAGAUUUAGAAUUGGUGAUCAAAUGUUUCCUGAUGUACCAGCUCUUUUAAAUUUUUACAAGUUGCAUUAUUUAGAUACAACUCCUUUAAUAAGGCCUGCCCCUAAGAAGUUGGAAAAAGUUAGGGCAAAAUAUGAUUUUGAAGGCAGUGGUGAUCCUGAUGAUCUUCCAUUUAAGAAAGGAGAGAUACUUACAGUAAUAUCUAAAGAUGAAGAUCAAUGGUGGACAGCUAAAAAUAGUUUGGGGCAAACAGGAUCAAUACCUGUCCCUUAUAUAGAAAAGGUGGAUGACAAUUUUUUACCUGAUGGAGUGCAAAAUUCUCAACCUCCAACUUCUGGCCAAACGCAAAGAUCAUCGACAGAUCCUACUAGAUAUAAUACACCAAAUAUUCAGAGAAUAUUGCCAGCAUUAGCAAGAGUGAAACAAGCUAGAGUUCCAAAUGCUUAUGAUAAAACUGCUUUAAAAUUGGAGGUUGGAGAUAUUAUCAAAGUAACGAAAAUGAAUAUCAAUGGACAGUGGGAAGGUGAACUGCGUGGUAAAGUGGGUCAUUUUCCAUUUACUCAUGUGGAAUUCUUGGAUUCAGAUAACCCUGAUGAGGAGGAACCUUAAACUAAGCCAGAAUUUUUCUGAUCUUGACAAAACUCUUUGCCAAAGAACCACUGUGAGAGACUUAUAUUCACAUUAGCCACUUGCUCCCUUGCAAACUUUUUGAUCGCCCCCCUGUAUAUAACAGAGUGGUUGGUGUUGAUUUUUCACCUUUUAGCUCAAAGUUGUUUUAAGUAAUUAGCAAACAAUGAAUGCUAUUGUGUGGCCCUAUCCUGCAUGCAUGGAGACAAUCUAUUGAUUUUCUUAAGUUUGCCAAUUAUGUGAAGCUAGUCACAAGAGAAGAUGCAUUUUUUUGGUUUCUACCGUGGAUAUAUUACAUGUACAGCCAGGGGCAGGCUGGUCCGAUAAGUUUAAGUUGGUAAGGGUACGAAUGUGAUAGUUGAGAAUAUGGUUGUGUUCAAUGUUUUCGCCAAAGUCUCUGUCCCCAUCUUCAGUUUUGAUUUCAUUCAUAUACAUGUAAUUGCACCAAUCAGACAUGAGUUUGAAUAUAAUUUUUUCCUCCAUUCACAAUAUCUGAGAAGAAAAAAUAUAUGCUGUUUCUUGUUAUAAUUCAGCAUAAACAACAGUCUAUUAAUAGUUUUUAAUAUGAUGAAUUAAUGAGAUUUGUAUAUAUUUAAAUUUUUUAUUUUUUUAUUUCAAAAUUAAAAGAUAAUAUAAGGCUUUCAAAAGGAAUUUGAAACAACUACACAAUAAACUAUUACUUAUUCUUUCCUUUAUCUAUGAAUCGUGAAGCCACUAUUUGUGAUAAUUAUAAUCCUUUUUAUUUUUUAUUUUUUGCUGGAAGAGGAGAGUGCUUAUAAAUGGAUGUGAUAUUUCAGGCAAUACUUUUUUUUUCUCUUGUGAUUUUCUAAUUAUUAAAAGGCAUUCAAAUCAGAUACAUGUAAAUUGCUUGUAAUUUUGCAAUGAUAUUUUUUUAUCUGAUACAAUUAUGUAUUCAUAUAGCAAUAUAAAUAACAUGUAUUUAAAAAAUUUAAAGCACAUAUUUGAAAUAUAAAACUUUAAAACAUUUGAUAUUCAGACUUAAAUAAUUUUUAAUAACUAAAAAAUAUGUACUUUUAUCUGAAACAUGUACUUGCUUUUGAGUAAAUUUUAAAAAAUUCAAUUUUUGAAGCAAAACUCAAAUAACAAAUAUCAAUCACAUUCAUAAAAUAUUAUUAGGUUUCUAUAUUAAUUGAAUUGAAGUGAUACAAAAUCCAAAUUUUAGCAUUUGAUCUUAAGAAAUGUAGUUGAAAUUCUAAGUCCAAAAAUGUAAUCAGUUUUGUUUAGUGUAAUAUAUGGAUUUUAUUUUUUGUUUCACUCUAUGAAUAAAUACUAUCAAUUCCUAUUGUUUAUUACAGUGCCUAAGUUUUAACUAAAUUUCAUUGAAUAUGUAAAAUAUAAAUGGCUUGAGUGAUCAAUGCUUGAAGUGAUCCUCCUUAUUUCUUUGUAGGUAGCUUUAUA